AUGAUAAUAUUGAGUGCAUUAUUCUUUUACGUGCUUUCAGGAUAGACAUACUUGAGUAAUGAUUACUUGAUGCGUACUACUUUAAUAACCUAGCUUGUCUCGAGUCUUUAUCUACGAAAUGGCAUCUAAGUGAGACAGGAACGGGCAUUUUGAUGGCUCUGGGGAUGUCAAUACCAGAAUUGACAACUAAUAUUUUGUCCUGUUUCAAGUCCUCUAGAAUUGGAUACGGAUUUGGAGCAAUAGUGGGCAGUGGAGUUUUCGGUAUUUAGAUUAGUAUCAACAAGACUUUACUGUUUGUUUUGGUUUGAUGUCACUGUUCUCAAACUAUUAUCACAAGAGGGCUUUGAGAAUGAAUCUAAAGGCAUUGAUGAGAGACAUCUAUGUAUACUUGCUCACACUGUUAUUUUUGACUUUCGUCUUCUGGGAUUACGAAGUAACAAUGUAAUGAAUAUCAAUAUAGAUCUCCCUCACAGAAGCCUUGAUUCUUACACUCUUCUAUCCAUCCUAUUUGCUAUACUCUUUGGUUCAAAUGGAAUAGAAGGACGAUUUCCAACUCUCGCACCAAAAGCAUCACUUCCCAACUCUAUUGCAAUUCCUCGAUUUUCAUCCUGAGCAAGCUGAAGAUUUGGAUGUGGAUGGCAAGGAAAUCGGACAAGAGAAUCAGUAGGAACAAGUAUAAGAAGAGUAACAACCAUCCAAAAUAUUAUUGCCCUUUACACUGCUAUUCAAGUUUACAAUUCCAAAACACCCAGAAUUUGCGUUUAUUAUAAUUUCAUUCUAUUGUUUUCUUACUGUCAAUGUUACGAUGACUGUGGUUGAUGAAUUUGUUGAGUAGUUCUCAGUGAGUCCUGCCUUUGUUGGACUAACAAUAGCAAGUUGGGGAGGCAACAUCCAAGGUAUAUUCGAUAUAUAUUAGAUAUUUUAAAUGCAUCGCUUGCUGCAAAGAAUAAAAAAACUGAGUUGGCUACUUCGAGUAUAAUUGGCAGUCAAAUCAUGAAUUUAUAAAUUUGCCUAGGAUUUCCUUGGGUGUUGACUAUGUUGAUUUGGCAAAGGAAUAUAACGUUUUAUGAUGAAACUAUAUCAUAAUCAAUGUUGGCCAUCAUGACGGUGGUGCUCACUUCGUUCUUCUUGAUGUUAUAACAGAAACUGAGAUUGACGUACAAAUUGGGAGUGAUGUUGCUGAGCAUUUAUCUUCUGUAUUUUAUUUAUGAAUUACUAUAACAAUGA